AGAAGGAGGCGGGACUUCCGGGCCAAGCGAGCCAAUUCCGGCCGCGCCGGAAGUCUCUACUGAGGAACGCUAUGAGGAUACUCUGUUCGUAAGCUCCCGGUGAAUUUUGUUCCACAGACUCGGAAGAAAGGUUGGACAGGAGUUCACUGGAGAUUGACAAGUACUCGGGGUAGUGAAAAGCAGGAGUUGGAACAUGGAUAGCCGCUUGCAGGAGAUCCGGGAGCGGCAGAAGUUACGGCGACAGCUCCUCGCGCAGCAGUUGGGAGCUGAAAGUGCCGACAGCAUUGGUGCCGUGUUAAAUAGCAAAGAUGAGCAGAGAGAAAUUGCUGAAACAAGAGAAACUUGCAGGGCUUCCUAUGAUACCUCUGCUCCAAAUGCAAAACGUAAGUAUCUGGAUGAAGGAGAGACAGAUGAAGACAAAAUGGAAGAAUAUAAGGAUGAACUAGAAAUGCAACAGGAUGAAGAAAAUUUGCCAUAUGAAGAAGAGAUUUACAAAGAUUCUAGUACUUUUCUUAAGGGAACACAGAGCUUAAAUCCCCAUAAUGAUUACUGCCAGCAUUUUGUAGACACUGGACAUAGACCUCAGAAUUUCAUCAGGGAUGUAGGUUUAGCUGACAGAUUUGAAGAAUAUCCUAAACUGAGGGAGCUCAUCAGGCUAAAGGAUGAGUUAAUAGCUAAAUCUAACACUCCUCCCAUGUACUUACAAGCCGAUAUAGAAGCCUUUGACAUCAGAGAACUAACACCCAAAUUUGAUGUGAUUCUUCUGGAACCCCCUUUAGAAGAAUAUUACAGAGAAACUGGCAUCACUGCUAAUGAAAAAUGCUGGACUUGGGAUGAUAUUAUGAAGUUAGAAAUUGAUGAGAUUGCAGCACCUCGAUCAUUUAUUUUUCUCUGGUGUGGUUCUGGGGAGGGGUUGGACCUUGGAAGAGUGUGUUUACGAAAAUGGGGUUACAGAAGAUGUGAAGAUAUUUGUUGGAUUAAAACCAAUAAAAACAAUCCUGGGAAGACUAAGACUUUAGAUCCAAAGGCUGUCUUUCAGAGAACAAAGGAACACUGCCUCAUGGGUAUCAAAGGAACUGUGAAGCGUAGCACAGACGGGGACUUCAUUCAUGCUAAUGUUGACAUUGACUUAAUUAUCACAGAAGAACCUGAAAUUGGCAAUAUAGAAAAACCUGUAGAAAUUUUUCAUAUAAUUGAGCAUUUUUGUCUUGGUAGAAGACGCCUUCAUCUAUUUGGAAGAGAUAGCACAAUUCGACCAGGCUGGCUCACAGUUGGACCAACGCUUACAAAUAGCAACUACAAUGCAGAAACAUAUGCAUCCUAUUUCAGUGCUCCUAAUUCCUACUUGACUGGUUGUACAGAAGAAAUUGAGAGACUUCGACCAAAAUCGCCUCCUCCCAAAUCUAAAUCUGACCGAGGAGGUGGAGCUCCCAGAGGUGGAGGAAGAGGUGGAACUUCUGCUGGCCGUGGACGAGAAAGAAAUAGAUCUAACUUCCGAGGAGAAAGAGGUGGCUUUAGAGGGGGCCGUGGAGGAGCACACAGAGGUGGCUUUCCACCUCGAUAAUUGUUGAAGACAUUGAACCUAUUCAUCCUCCUUUAACCUUCUUUAUUGUAAUUAAAUUUCAAGUGGGAGACUUAACUUUAGAACUCACUUCCAGCUUGCACUUUGCUUUAAUUUCUCUGAGCUGCAGGAAUGUCUUAGUGAGCCUCGCUUGCAGUUGUCACACACACUGUCUAGUUUUUUUCAGGAUAAAUGAAUGAUUCUGCCUUUUGUUAUGUGCAUGAACAGAAUGGAACAACUCAAGUAGCUUCAUCUUCAGAGACUGAAUUUAUUCUGAUAGACUUCAGCUAAUUACAAAGGAUUUUGCUAAUUUUGGGGAAUAAAUAAUGGAAAAAGAUCCAGUCUGUGGUAUCAUGCUAGUGCUGACAGGGCCUUGAUAGAAUAGAGUUGGAAAAGAUGGUAAGCUUCUGUCAGGGUUUUAACAUUUUCUUGAUGAAACAAUAAAAAGAGGUAAGCUUUUUUCUUCUUUUUUUUAAAGUUUUAAAUAAACUCAGAUAUAAUUUGAAUACUGAAGAAAUUAAGAGACUUUGAACAAAAUCUCUUCCCAAAUCUAAAUUUGAUAGGGGAGGUGGAGAUUCCAGGGGUGGGUGAAAGAAGAGAUGGAACUUAGCAGGCAGACUUAAAAAAAAAAAAAAAAAAGUUCAUCAUCAUAAUCUCAAUUUUGUGGCUAUGACUCCUAAUCACGCUUCCUAAGAAGCAAAGGAGGACAAAUAUUCAUGUGCUGGAUAGCACUGUGGUGUGGACUUGAACUUGGAUUGACCUUAAAUUUUAUAUUCCUCAAAUAAAAGAGAGGCAGCAACAAGAUACCUCAUUAUCAGAUGCUUGGUUUAUACAUUUUGGGACUAAAAUACUUGGUGAUGAAAUGACAUACACCUUUAAACUUGUUAUGGAGAUAGUUUAAUGUAAAACCAACUACAGAAAACCCUCAACUUAAGGAUACAGCUUAGAAAUUGGAACUGCAAUUGCCUUUUAUUAAAACCAUAUGGUGUGAUGUUUGUUUUUAAAAUUAUAUAAGACUUUAUGCUGUCACUUCUCUUGCUGUACUGUAAUUCAUGUUUUAAAUGAAUUUGAUAAUGAAAUUAUACUAUUAUCAUUCUUGAUGAAUACUUUUCUUAUUUUUAUGAUUUUUCUAAUGAAACUUUAAACUUUUGAGA